AAAGCCAUUGUGGAUGGGAACCUGAAGCUCAUCUUGGGCCUGGUAUGGACGCUGAUUCUCCACUAUUCCAUCUCCAUGCCCGUGUGGGAGGAUGAAGGGGAUGACGAUGCCAAGAAGCAGACACCAAAGCAGAGGCUGCUGGGAUGGAUUCAGAACAAGAUCCCUUAUUUGCCCAUCACCAACUUCAACCAGAACUGGCAAGAUGGCAAAGCCCUGGGAGCCCUGGUUGACAGCUGUGCUCCAGGUCUGUGCCCAGACUGGGAGUCCUGGGAUCCACGGAAGCCUGUGGAUAAUGCCCGAGAAGCCAUGCAGCAGGCAGAUGACUGGCUGGGUGUCCCACAGGUCAUCACUCCUGAAGAAAUUAUUCACCCGGAUGUGGAUGAACACUCAGUGAUGACUUACCUGUCCCAGUUCCCCAAAGCCAAGCUCAAACCAGGAGCUCCUCUUAAACCCAAACUCAACCCAAAGAAAGCCAGGGCCUAUGGCAGAGGAAUCGAGCCCACUGGGAACAUGGUGAAGCAGCCAGCCAAGUUCACUGUGGACACCAUCAGCGCCGGGCAGGGAGAUGUGAUGGUGUUUAUCGAGGACCCAGAAGGGAACAAAGAAGAGGCACAGGUGACCCCUGAUAGUGACAAGAACAAGACAUACUCUGUGGAAUAUCUGCCCAAGGUCACUGGACUGCACAAAGUCACAGUCCUCUUUGCAGGACAGCACAUCUCCAAAAGCCCAUUUGAAGUGAAUGUUGACAAAGCCCAGGGAGACCCCAGUAAAGUGACUGCAAAAGGCCCAGGUUUGGAAGCUGCAGGAAACAUUGCUAAUAAGCCCACCUACUUUGAUAUCUACACGGCAGGAGCUGGCGUGGGUGACAUUGGUGUUGAGGUGGAAGAUCCCCAGGGGAAGAACACAGUAGAGUUGCUUAUAGAAGACAAAGGAAACCAGGUGUAUCGAUGUGUGUACAAACCACUGCAGCCUGGCCCCCACGUGGUCAAGGUCUCCUUUGCCGGGGAAACCAUUCCCAAGAGUCCCUUUGUUGUGCAAGUUGGGGAAGCCUGCAGUCCAAAUGCCUGCCGGGCCAGUGGCCGAGGCCUGCAGCCCAAAGGUGUCCGCAUCCGGGAGACCGCAGACUUCAAGGUUGAUACCAAAGCUGCUGGAAGUGGGGAGCUCAGUGUAACUGUGAAGGGUCCUAAGGGCCUGGAGGAGCUGGUGAAGCAGAAAGGCUUUCUGGAUGGGGUCUAUGCAUUCGAAUAUUACCCCAGCACCCCGGGGAAGUACAGCGUUGCCAUCACAUGGGGGGGACACCACAUUCCAAAGAGCCCUUUUGAAGUUCAAGUUGGUCCUGAAGCAGGCAUGCAGAAAGUCCGUGCUUGGGGCCCUGGCCUCCAUGGUGGAAUUGUCGGGAGGUCGGCAGAUUUUGUGGUAGAAUCCAUUGGCUCUGAAGUGGGGUCUCUGGGGUUUGCCAUUGAAGGCCCUUCCCAGGCAAAGAUUGAGUAUGAUGACCAGAAUGAUGGAUCAUGUGAUGUCAAAUACUGGCCCAAGGAGCCUGGAGAAUAUGCUGUUCACAUCAUGUGUGAUGAUGAAGACAUCAAGAACAGCCCAUACAUGGCCUACAUCCAUCCUGCCACAGGAGACUACAACCCAGACCUGGUCCAAGCAUAUGGGCCAGGUUUGGAGAGAUCUGGGUGCAUCGUCAACAACCCAGCCGAGUUCACUGUGGAUCCUAAGGAUGCUGGAAAAGCUCCCUUAAAGAUAUUUGCUCAGGAUGGGGAAGGCCAGCCCAUUGACAUCCAGAUGAAGAACCGGAUGGAUGGAACUUAUGCCUGCUCAUACAUCCCAGUUAAAGCCAUUAAGCACACCAUUGCUGUGGUCUGGGGAGGAGUGAAUAUUCCAAACAGCCCCUACCGGGUCAACAUUGGGCAAGGAAGCCACCCUCAGAAGGUUAAAGUGUUUGGGCCAGGUGUGGAGAGAAGUGGUCUGAAGGCCAAUGAACCCACCCACUUUACAGUGGACUGUACUGAGGCUGGGGAAGGUGAUGUCAGUGUUGGCAUUAAGUGUGAUGCCCGGGUUUUAAGCGAGGAUGAGGAAGACGUGGAUUUUGACAUUAUUCACAAUGCCAAUGACACAUUUACAGUCAAAUAUGUACCUCCUGCUGCUGGGCGAUACACUAUCAAGGUUCUCUUUGCAUCACAGGAAAUUCCUGCCAGCCCUUUCAGAGUCAAAGUUGACCCUUCCCAUGACGCCAGCAAAGUGAAGGCAGAAGGCCCGGGGCUCAGCAGAGCAGGUGUGGAAAACGGAAAACCGACCCACUUCACUGUUUUCACCAAGGGAGCCGGGAAGGCCCCACUCAACGUGCAGUUCAGCAGCCCCCUUCCUGGUGACGCUGUGAAGGACGUGGAUAUCAUCGAUAAUUAUGACUACUCUCACACCGUUAAAUACACACCCACCCAGCAGGGCAGCAUGCAGGUUCUGGUAACUUAUGGUGGUGAUCCUAUCCCUAAAAGUCCUUUCACCGUGGGCGUUGCUGCUCCGCUGGAUCUGAGCAAGAUAAAAAUCAAUGGGCUGGAAAACAGGGUCGAGGUUGGGAAGGAUCAGGAGUUCGCCAUUGAUACCAGAGGAGCAGGAGGCCAGGGGAAGCUGGAUGUGACAAUCCUGAGCCCCUCUCGGAAGGUUGUGCCAUGCCUGGUGGCACCCAUGGUGGGUCGGGAGAGCAGCACAGCCAAGUUCAUCCCUCGGGAGGAGGGGCUGUAUGCCGUGGAUGUGACCUAUGAUGGACACCCUGUGCCCGGGAGCCCCUACACAGUGGAGGCCUCUCUACCACCCGAUCCUACCAAGGUGAAGGCCCAUGGUCCUGGCCUUAAAAGUGGUCUUGUGGGCAAGCCUGCUGAGUUCACCAUUGACACUAAAGGAGCCGGAACUGGAGGUUUGGGCCUAACCGUGGAAGGUCCUUGUGAGGCCAAAAUUGAAUGCUCUGACAAUGGUGAUGGGACCUGCUCUGUCUCUUACCUUCCCACAAAACCUGGGGAAUACUUCGUCAACAUUCUCUUUGAAGAAGUCCACAUACCUGGGUCUCCCUUCAAAGCUGACAUUGAAAUGCCAUUUGACCCCUCUAAGGUUGUGGCAUCAGGACCAGGUCUCGAGCUCGGGAAAGUGGGUGAAGUUGGGCUUCUUAGCGUUGACUGUUCGGAAGCAGGUCCUGGGACACUGGGCAUGGAAGCCAUCUCAGACUCAGGAACAAAAGCGGAAGUCUGCAUUCAGAACAACAAAGAUGGCACCUACGCAGUGACCUAUGUGCCGCUAACAGCUGGCAUGUACACACUGACCAUGAAGUAUGGUGGGGAGCUUGUGCCACACUUCCCUGCCCGGGUCAAGGUGGAGCCCGCUGUGGACACUAGCAGGGUCAAAGUCUUCGGGCCAGGAAUAGAAGGAAAAGAUGUGUUUAGAGAAGCCACCACUGACUUCACUGUUGACUCAAGGCCCCUGACCCAGGUAGGGGGUGACCACAUCAAAGCCCACAUUGCCAACCCUUCAGGAGCCUCCACUGAGUGCUUUGUCACAGACAAUGCUGAUGGGACCUAUCAAGUGGAGUAUACACCCUUUGAGAAAGGUCUCCAUGUAGUGGAGGUGACAUAUGACGAUGUACCCAUCCCAAACAGUCCUUUCAAAGUAGCUGUAACUGAAGGCUGUCAGCCAUCACGGGUCCAAGCCCAAGGUCCUGGAUUGAAAGAGGCAUUUACCAACAAACCUAAUGUCUUCACUGUUGUUACCAGAGGGGCAGGAAUCGGUGGGCUUGGCAUAACUGUUGAGGGACCAUCAGAAUCGAAGAUAAACUGCAGAGACAACAAAGAUGGCAGCUGCAGUGCCGAGUACAUCCCCUUUGCCCCAGGGGAUUAUGAUGUUAAUAUCACUUAUGGAGGAGCCCACAUCCCUGGUAGCCCCUUCAGGGUUCCUGUGAAGGAUGUUGUGGACCCCAGCAAGGUCAAAAUUGCUGGCCCUGGGCUGGGCUCUGGCGUCCGAGCCCGCAUCCCACAGUCCUUCACGGUGGACAGCAGCAAAGCUGGCCUGGCCCCAUUGGAAGUGAGGGUCUUGGGCCCCCGAGGUCUGGUGGAGCCAGUGAAUGUGGUGGAUAAUGGGGAUGGCACACAUACGGUAACCUAUACCCCAUCGCAGGAGGGGCCUUACAUGGUCUCAGUUAAAUAUGCUGAUGAAGAGAUCCCACGAAGUCCCUUUAAGGUCAAGGUUCUUCCCACAUAUGAUGCCAGCAAAGUGACCGCCAGUGGCCCUGGCCUCAGUUCCUAUGGGGUGCCCGCCAGUCUGCCCGUGGAGUUUGCUAUCGACGCCAGAGAUGCUGGGGAAGGCCUGCUUGCUGUCCAGAUAACGGACCAAGAAGGAAAACCCAAAAGAGCCACUGUCCAUGACAAUAAAGAUGGCACAUAUGCUGUCACCUACAUCCCUGACAAGACUGGACGCUAUAUGAUUGGGGUCACCUAUGGGGGGGAUGACAUCCCGCUUUCUCCUUACCGCAUCCGAGCCAUGCAGUCAGGUGACGCCAGCAAGUGCCUGGCCACGGGUCCUGGCAUUGCCCCCACUGUGAAAACUGGCGAGGAAGUGGGCUUUGUGGUGGAUGCCAAGACUGCUGGGAAAGGGAAAGUGACCUGCACAAUUCUUACCCCAGAUGGUACUGAGGCUGAGGCUGAUGUCAUUGAAAACGAGGAUGGCACCUAUGACAUUUUCUAUACAGCCGCCAAGCCCGGCACUUAUGUGAUCUAUGUGCGCUUUGGUGGUGUUGAUAUUCCAAAUAGCCCCUUCACUGUCAUGGUAACUGAAGAGGCGUAUGUCCCAGUGAGUGACAUGAAUGGACUGGGAUUUAAGCCUUUUGACUUGGUCAUUCCAUUUGCUGUCAGGAAAGGAGAAAUCACAGGAGAGGUCCACAUGCCUUCUGGGAAGACAGCCACACCUGAGAUUGUGGACAACAAAGAUGGAACAGUAACCGUCAGAUAUGCCCCCACUGAGGUCGGGCUCCACGAGAUGCACAUCAAAUACAUGGGCAGCCACAUCCCUGAGAGCCCUCUCCAGUUCUAUGUGAACUAUCCCAACAGUGGGAGCGUUUCUGCAUAUGGUCCAGGCCUGGUGUACGGAGUAGCUAACAAAACGGCCACUUUCACCAUUGUCACCGAGGAUGCAGGAGAAGGUGGUCUCGAUUUGGCUAUUGAGGGACCCUCGAAGGCAGAAAUCAGCUGCAUUGACAACAAAGAUGGGACGUGCACCGUGACCUACCUGCCUACACUGCCAGGCGACUAUAGCAUUCUGGUCAAGUACAAUGACAAGCACAUCCCUGGCAGCCCCUUCACAGCCAAGAUCACAGAUGACAGCAGGCGUUGCUCCCAGGUGAAGUUGGGCUCAGCUGCUGACUUCCUACUUGACAUCAGUGAGACUGACCUCAGCACACUGACAGCCAGCAUUAAGGCACCAUCUGGCCGUGAUGAGCCCUGUCUCCUGAAGAGGCUGCCCAACAACCACAUCGGCAUCUCCUUCAUCCCCCGGGAGGUGGGUGAACAUCUGGUCAGUAUCAAGAAGAAUGGCAACCAUGUGGCCAACAGCCCUGUGUCCAUUAUGGUGGUCCAAUCGGAGAUUGGUGAUGCACGCCGAGCCAAAGUCUACGGCCGAGGCCUGUCAGAGGGCCGGACUUUUGAGAUGUCUGACUUCAUUGUGGACACAAGAGAUGCAGGUUAUGGUGGCAUAUCCUUGGCAGUGGAAGGCCCCAGCAAGGUGGACAUCCAGACAGAGGACCUGGAAGAUGGCACCUGCAAGGUCUCCUACUUCCCCACCGUGCCUGGGGUUUACAUUGUCUCCACCAAAUUUGCUGAUGAGCAUGUUCCUGGAAGUCCAUUUACUGUGAAGAUCAGUGGCGAGGGAAGAGUCAAAGAGAGUAUCACCCGGACCAGCCGGGCCCCCUCAGUGGCCACUGUUGGGAGCAUCUGCGACUUGAACCUGAAAAUCCCAGAAAUCAACAGCAGUGAUAUGUCGGCCCAUGUCACCAGCCCCUCUGGCCGUGUGACUGAGGCAGAGAUUGUGCCCAUGGGGAAGAACUCACACUGCGUCCGGUUUGUGCCCCAGGAGAUGGGCGUUCACACGGUCAGUGUCAAGUACCGUGGACAGCAUGUAACCGGCAGCCCCUUCCAGUUCACUGUGGGGCCACUUGGUGAAGGGGGUGCCCACAAAGUUCGGGCAGGAGGCCCUGGCCUGGAGAGAGGAGAAGCAGGAGUCCCAGCUGAGUUUAGCAUCUGGACCCGGGAAGCAGGUGCUGGAGGCCUCUCCAUCGCUGUUGAAGGUCCCAGUAAGGCUGAGAUUACAUUUGAUGACCAUAAAAACGGAUCAUGUGGUGUGUCUUAUAUUGCCCAAGAGCCUGGUAACUACGAGGUGUCUAUCAAGUUCAAUGAUGAGCACAUCCCUGAAAGCCCCUACCUGGUGCCCGUCAUCGCACCCUCUGACGACGCCCGCCGCCUCACUGUUAUGAGCCUUCAGGAAUCGGGAUUAAAAGUUAACCAGCCAGCAUCCUUUGCUAUAAGGUUGAAUGGUGCAAAAGGCAAGAUUGAUGCAAAGGUGCAUAGCCCCUCGGGAGCCGUGGAGGAAUGCCAUGUGUCUGAGCUGGAGCCAGAUAAGUAUGCUGUUCGCUUCAUCCCCCACGAAAAUGGCAUCCACACAAUUGAUGUCAAAUUCAACGGGAGCCACGUGGUUGGAAGCCCCUUCAAAGUUCGCGUUGGGGAGCCGGGACAAGCGGGGAAUCCUGCCCUGGUGUCUGCCUACGGUGCAGGGCUUGAGGGGGGCACCACAGGCAUCCAGUCUGAAUUCUACAUCAACACCACCCGAGCAGGCCCAGGGACGUUGUCUGUCACUAUUGAAGGCCCAUCCAAAGUUAAAAUGGAUUGCCAAGAAACCCCAGAGGGGUACAAAGUUAUGUACACGCCCAUGGCUCCUGGAAACUAUCUGAUCGGUGUCAAAUAUGGCGGACCCAACCACAUUGUGGGCAGUCCAUUCAAAGCCAAAGUGACAGGUCAGCGUCUGGUCAGCCCGGGCUCAUCCAAUGAAACCUCGUCCAUCCUGGUGGAGUCAGUGACCAGGUCAUCAACAGAGACCUGCUAUAGUGCCAUCCCCAAGUCAUCCUCGGAUGCCAGCAAGGUGACUUCCAAGGGAGCAGGGCUCUCAAAGGCCUUCAUGGGACAGAAGAGCUCCUUCCUGGUGGACUGCAGCAAAGCUGGUUCCAACAUGCUGCUGAUUGGAGUCCAUGGACCCACCACACCCUGUGAGGAGGUCUCCAUGAAGCAUGUGGGCAACCAGCAGUACAAUGUCACAUAUGUUGUCAAGGAGAGGGGGGAUUACGUUCUGGCCGUGAAGUGGGGGGAAGAACACAUCCCCGGCAGCCCUUUUCAUGUCACAGUGCCUUAAAAUAGUUUGCAUCAAAUCCUGGGAGGAAUUCUUAUGGUUGCUUUUAUCGCUUGUUUGUAAUUCAUUUUAUACCAUGUCCUCCAGCCUGUUGGUAGGUCUAAAUCCCAUCCCAAAACACUACCAUUCUAAAGUGCCUUCAGAAAUAAGUCCUAGACUUGACUCUUGAGGGAUGCAUUGGGUAAUCAUAAGAAAUGCAGAUUUGUCCAAUGGACUAAGAAGAUCCAACGUAUACUCAGUUCACCUCAGACCUUGGGGGCACAGGUCACUGCAGACAGACCAAGAAUAUGGGGAAGACUAACAUUUUUAAAAAAUGAAACUGGCCAUCCUAAGCUACAGGUUUGCUGUUGAGCCUUUACAAAAAAAAAGACAGGGGGUGAGGGUGGGGGUGGGAGGGGGCCGGAAAAAAGAGGAGACCUAGUUUAGGUUGUAAUUUAGCAAAGGGAUUCCUCCAGACCAGCUGGAUCUAGUCCAGGGCCCAUAUUCCAUAGGAAAAGGCUGUUAGGUGCUCCACCAUGUUGACACUACUUCUCACCAAUCACCCAUUGCACUCUGGCCUCCUGACAUUCUUUCUGGGCAGAGCCAAUUGGUGGCACAUGGCUUCCUAGUGUUUCUGCACUUCCUCUGGUGAUUAUUUCCUUGCAGUCAUAAAAGUGUGACCAUUUGGCUGCCACGGAUCUGCUUUAGGUUUCCAAGUCCAUUUCAGUCACUUGGUGGAGGAAAUUCUGCAGUGACUAGCAGCAGCCCACUUGCCAAAGAUCCCUUCUCACCAACACUAGCCCUUGCUUCUAACACACGCCCCAGUCACUUGUCAGCCUUACCAAAACCUUUAAAGUGACCUCAGGUGGGUGCACACGUUAGUGUUCGCCUCAUGAAGGCCUAUAAGAUGACACAACACUCAUAGCCACCCCUGCCAACCUUGUGGGUCACUCAGGAAAAUAUUAGUAUAGACAGGAAAGAAUGAAGCUCAUGCCAACUUUUGGCUGAGUGUUGGGGAAUUGUUGAGGGGCAGGGAAAGGCAGCAGCUUCUUUGGUGAUCUCCCCCUUUUGGCAGAACAGUGAAAGCUGCAUAGCUGACAGUUUGCAUCAAAUCCUGGGAGGAAUUCUUAUGGAUGCUCUUGGGAAAACAAUAAGCAGGUGCAGAUUUUUUUUUUUUUUAAUGGGGUAUAGGGCAGUUUGCAAGCCUUUUGCAGACCUGAGCUGGCUUUGGGAUUAAGUUAAAGCAAUCAGGGACGUUGCCUCAUGGCAGAGCUCAGAUGUGUAGCUUGGGCCAGGCAGGCUGACUUUCUGAUUUGCUGCUUAGUCCUAAGGAAGUGGCCACUGUCAUCAUGGGUGGGGUAGGGCUCUGGAGGUGUAGCAGUUGGAGGUGGGUGUUGGUGGUAAAAGUCCACCUUUUAGAAACUGGAGGCAGCCCGAAGCCUAAUGUGAAGGGACCACAGGCCUUGGAAACGGGGACAGGGAAGCCAAACUGGAAUCAAAUGCCGACUGUAAAUUGUAUCUUAUAACUUAUUAAAUAAAACGUUUGCGCCGUAAAGUUUCCCCUGGCGUUCCUGGGUGGCAUCUUUUUUUCUGAAUAAAUGGUUUGAGCCUCUGA